AUGAAUUCAUCCACUUCGGAUACUUACACGAUAUCCGAUUGGCCUAAUGCAGUGGCUACGGGAAUGAUGGUUGUGAACACAAUCAUUGGAUUAUUCUUUAAUUGUCUGAUUAUCUCCAGCUUUAUAACAGACAACAAGCAGAAGACAUCUUUCAAUUUGAUCUGUGUGUUUCGUGCAAUCAACAAUAAUCUAAUUAUUUUGAUUAUGGCAAUGAUCUACCUUCCGGCAACUGUAAUGUGA